CACACAUAUUCCUCUUCUCGCCAGCCUCCCUUUUCUCUUUUUGAGCACACUUUAUUUCCAGGCAAUGCAGAUUUCCGGCAAGGUAGCAGUCAUCACCGGCGGGUCGCGCGGCUUCGGUAAGCGUCUGGCUGAGAUGAUCACCGACAAGGGCGGCAAGGUCGUGCUUGGCGAUAUCCUCGAGAUUGGCCAGCAGGUUGCCGAGCAGCUCAACGCCCAGCACGGAAAGAAGGUCGCAGUAUUCCAAAAGUGCGACGUCACAAAGUUCUCUGAUAUCUCCGCCCUGGUCGACCGCGCUGUCAGCGAAUUUGGCGUCCUCGACAUCAUGGUCAACAACGCGGGCAUCGGCGGCAGUGUGCCGUGGGCGGAAGACGACGGCCAGGCGCUGUCACGUACCAUCGACGUUAACCUGAAGGGGCCCAUCGAGGGCACCCGGGUUGCUGUGCGCUAUUUCAUGGAGAACGCUCGCCGCGGCUGUGUCGUCAAUGUGUCGUCGAUGAUGGGCUUCUUCCCGGCAGAAUUUGGCCCUGUGUACGGUGCGACCAAGAGCGGAGUGGUCAACUUUACGGCGUCAUGCGCGACCCUGGCGCUGCUCGAUCAGCCGAUUCACGUCAAUGCGGUGGCGCCCAACUUUGCCGAUACCGAUAUGGGCAGAGACGCCAAGCUGGGUGGUGACAACAAGAUCUUUGAGAAGAACGGCAUGCUGACUGUCGAUGAGGUUGUUGUCGAGAUGAUCCGGUGCAUUGAGGAUGAGACUCUGGCGGGCGACACCAUCAAGAUUUUGGCUGGAUUCAAGCCGCUGGUGCACAAGGGCCGCAAGGCGGUGCCGUCAGGCAUCAUCACCAAGCCCAAGUCCAAGCUCUAGAUAACUGGCAUAUCCAUGUACUGUAAUUCUAUUACUGAGUUCCAAUAUGGCACUGUAGUUGAAUAUCUGGUAGAAUCGCCUAUUCCCGUCCUGCCAUCUGCUACAUUGCCAGCUAUGCAAACCAAAUAGGCACCCCUUUAUGCGACUUCCAAUAUCGCCGUAGUAGCAGCCCGAUCAUCGGCCCAGCACAGUAUGUGGGACAUGUACAGCUCCACAUGCAUGUACUAUAUUAGCACUGCUUUGGGCUAGGCUAAGCUAUCAUAUUCAGUCCGUCAAGCGGCUAAUAAAUCUGAUUAUUAUGUCGCCAAAUAGGAACAAGACGAAUG